AUACUUGCACCGGCACUUGUAUUUAUAUGCCCCUGUCCGUCGCCUCGUAAGUGUCGCCUAGAAAGUUCGUUAUUCUUGCCGACUCGUAGAGCGUCGUAGCGCUCGCAUGGCAGAGUCCCUUAGUGACCCUGGCGUUGGGUACUCGUAUUUUUUUUUCUUCUUCUUUCACUUCUUCAUCGGAAAUCAUUCAGUUUCUUGCACUAAUGGUCAUUCGAUUCUACCGAUGCGAGGCUUAUGCACAUCAUUCUUCCCUAAAAGUAGUUUUUAUGAAGCGGUAUAGUUUUGCCUUUGAGCGACACCAAUUUUAUCGUGCAUUACAAUAAUUUUUUUACACGGAAUUGUUGUUCCAAGCUGAAAUUCGAACAUUGCAGAUAAAACCACCAAUAAAAAUAAAUAAACAACUACACCGCAACAAAAUAAAAAAAAAGAUUAGAAGGAUGAUCCAACACUCCUACAUAAUAAUCGUAUGAUAUUUAGUAAAAAGGAAUAGCGUAGCGCGAACAAAAUAUCUUGAUGUCACUGCAUCGAUUUAAAAAAAUCGGUUUCGCUGGUGUUUUCACCGUCAUCUUCAGUAUUCUGCUCCAAUUUGUGAUACUACCGCCUAUUAUGAGAGUCGAAAUGAAAAAAAAAGUGGCAUUGAAGAAAGGCUGGCCUAUGAGGGACAUAUGGAGUAAGCUACCGUUCGUCACAGAAAGCCAUAUGUACGUGUUCAACGUAACGAACCGAGUGGAAAUUGAAAACGGAGGUAAACCGAUAAUCCAAGAGAUUGGGCCGUUCGUUUACGACAUAUACGAGGAAAAGACGCAGCAGAUCGAUCACGAAGAAGACGACACUGUUUCAUACGUACUGGAAAACAUAUAUCACUUUAAUCCCGAGAAAAGUAAAGGACUCUCCGUCGAGAUAGAAGUAUAUUUUCCUCAUACUUACAUCAUGACAGCGUCCACUGGAAUUUUGAAGGAAAAGGCUCCUUUGGCUUCGUUCGCGUCGAGAUCUGUCGAUUCAUUGCUGAACACUCCGGAGAGCUUAUUCUACAAAACGGACGUAAAAACUCUACUGUUCGAUGGUUUCCCCAUUCCCUGCGCCGGAGUCGAAGAAUUCUUUGGCAAAUUGACGUGCAACCUGUUGAAGGAGCGCUUUUUCGACUUCACCGUGAUGAAAAAAGGCGACGUGUUCUACACAUCGAUGUUCGGAUUUCUGAACGGCACUUACGAGAAGCAGAACAGAGUUCGCAUUCACCGUGGAACGAAAAAUCUGAAGGACCUCGGGAAAAUAGUGGCGAUAAACGGUGCAGCAAAUUUGUCAACCUGGCACGAUGACAAAUGCGACGCGCUCGGCGGGACCGACGGCACGAUAUUCCCGCCGUACUUGAGCAAGAGCGACGAUAUAACGAUGGUCAAUCAACAGAUUUGUCGAAGGCUCAAGCUGACCUACGACUCCGAGGUCGAGUACUCAGGCUUGAAGUUACUGCGCUACACCGUGGACCUCGGCGUCGACGGCGGCCACGUGGCCGAGGAGAAGUGCUACUGCUUGGCGCCGGACCGUUGCCUGCGCAAGGGCGUGUACGACAUGUUCAGAUGCUUGAACGUGCCGAUAAUCCUGUCGAAUCCGCACUUUUAUCUCGCCGACCCGUACUACCUGAGCCGAGUCGAGGGCGCGAAGCCGGACAUGGAGAAGCAUCGCUCCUACGUGGACUUCGACGCGCUGACCGGCACGCCGGUGCGCGCCCGCAUGCGGGCGCAGUUCAACAUGGAGCUGAUCAAGAUCGACGCGUUCCGGCUGAUGCGCAACUACAGCUACGCGAUGCUGCCGAUGGUCUGGACGGAGCAGGUGGUCGUAUUGCCGGACUUCCUCGUGGAGAAGAUCAGGCAGGGCCACGGCACGCUCAAGCUCGCGAGGACGCUGGAGCGCGCGCUGAUGAUCGGCGGCCUGGCGAUGUGCGCACUGGCGGGCUACCUCGGCUACAGGUCGCGCAAGGUGGCCGAGGUUCGAUCCAAGCCAGCGGAAUCGACGUCGACGCCCGAGUGAAUC